AUGGAAUUAAGCCUUUUCGAAAAAAGUGAAAUUGAAUUGGUAGACGGUGCUUUAGAAGUAAAAAAUAGCUAGGAAAUUGAAGAAAAUUUCAUUUAUGUCCGCGACCUCAUUGGCCUCAAAACAGACGAAAGCGAAAUUCUAGCGAUUUUACAAACGAGAUCGAUACAAGGAGAACACGAGAUUAUUAGUAGAGGCGUUUUGUAUGGGAUUCUGACAGGGAUGGACUGGCUGAGCUAUUUGUUAUUGACUUCUCAUAAAUAAAAUGGCAUUCGGUUCGAGAGAAAAUUGGCUUUGCCAAUUUUCUCUCCCUCAUGGAAUUUUAUUUAUGGGGUUGGGUUUUCUCUCGAGAACUUCUGCACAGCAAUAGUCGUUUAACUUUGGGGAUAACCAAAGGCACGACUCCUCAGUGCACUCAAGAUUUCGGAGUUUUACCUCUCAGCACACGUCCCCACGGGAGGAUGACCCUUAGGCGGAACACGCGCAGGAGCUGAGUCUGGACGAGCGACGGCAACGCGCCGGGUGAGAUGUGCGGAGAUUUAUCUGGCGACUAGCCUCAUAGAAGGCUUGGGUGUGGGCUGACCACAUAUUCCAAGAUGGCUUGGUGACGUCACUAGUUGUCGCUUUGACCCUUUUUUUAUUAAGGGGUGUGGGCACUAGACACCUUAAAAACUAUGUAACUAAGUAAGUAAGUUAUUGACUUCUCGAGAUAAUUUCCAAACGGCUUGCAAUACUCUCUCUAUGAUGCUGCCUAAAUUGAAAUCGACACAGCGAGCUGUUUGGCUGUUCACGCAGCUGUGGAAAACGGAGUCUCCAGCGUUUACAGGGCUUUUUAUGACGAUUUUGAGAAGUCUGGAUUUGGUGAACGAGAUUAAGACGCAGCUGGAUUGGAUUAAUACACAGCAAUUCGCCUCUUUGGUGUUUUAUAAAGUUCUGAGGGGUGCUUCACUUUUGGCGGCAGAAGGGAUGCCAGUGUUAUUUGAUCAUAUUCAUAUAAUUUCUCAGAUUUGGAUACACAGGAGAGACGCAUGCAUUUCUAUAGGAAGAGACUUAGUAAGAAUCGUUAGUAGCCUGGCAGAGUCAGGCGGAAUUGAGCAUAUAUGAAAUGAUUUAUUUGCCUCUGGGCGUGAUGGAGCUCCAUUAUAUUGAAGUCUGUUAUGCACCCCUACACAUCCUAAGUUUCAUUCAGUUUUACUUAAGCCAGAAAUAGAAAAUAAGCUCGCAUUUAUCGUAGAAAAUGGCUACCAAAGCAACUAUACCCGAUAUCUCAAAUGAAUAAUGGAGACCUACAAUGACCACGUACUAGACGAUUUAGUUAGGUUUAUAGUAAAUUAUCCAGUGGAAAAAGAAAACGUUCACAGGUGGCAAAUAGUCGCCUGGCUCCUCACAAAUGAGACAGACCACCAGAUUCAAGCAAGCAUAAAGCAAGCCCUUGUAUAUGACUGCUUAUUUUUUAACUCCCAGGACCAAGCUUAUAUAAUAGAGCCAGCCAUGUCAUUUCUUAAGCACUCAAUCACAAACUGCCCAAAAAUCGCUGAAGAGCUGCUUGAAUUUAUGCUGACUUCGGCAGAACUUUAUGAUAAAAGAUCGACACCGAGGAUUAUGAGAAGCUUAAAAGACUGUUUUACUGUCGCUUGUACACAAGGAUUUUUCCCGAGUUUGCAGUCUUUAAUAGGUGAUGAAAGAAUUGACGGAAACAUUAGGACGAGGCUUAAAGAACUCCUAGAAGCGACUACACAUGAUGGAGAUUUGUCACCACCUGCUGCUCUAUUUGAAAAAGAAGAUACAUCAUUAUCAGCCCCAAGGUCCUUUGUUGACUAUUUAGGAGAAAUUGCUUUCGUUUUUGCUAAUGAGCCUAAUUUUGAUAUCUUAAUGGAAAUGAUUCACAAAUCUCAGCUUGUCAAUGAAGACUUAUGUAGUUUCGUUAUCAAGUGUUUGACUCAUGAGUUUAUACAGCCUCUAACUUUAGACUUGCCUCAAAACAGUGUGCUAUAUCAAAUAUUUUUACAUAGUGAAACUAAUGCUAGACUUAGAGAGCUACUAAAACUUUUGCACGCUGCAGAAAGCUCUAUUGGUGUUAGGCUACUUGUAUAUUCUUUACAAAAAAACUCCAAACUAUAUCAGCAAUUUGAGGACCAGUUAGAACGGGAUUUAUUAGCAAGUCUUCAAGAUAUUUCCUUGGAAACUUUACAUUGGGUGUUCCCUGAAGUCUUUGCAAAGCUUUCUAAGCUUGUCACCCCAAAUAUAAUCCAUUUCUUCUUACAGACCACUGAUAUGAAGCUUCUUCAUAAGGUUGAACAAGAUUUAAUGCUCGAUUCUUAUUCAAUUCUGUCUAAUAAACUUUCCCAAGUCUUGGAAAAAUCUGACGAAUUUUCAUCAUCAGAAAAAAUUUACCUGUGGAAAUUGAUACAAGCUGAAAUAAAGCCAGACCAAAUUGGGAAACUUCUGGACCAUUUUCAGCAUUCUUUGCCGCUCGGCAACCAAUGAGAAAGCUUAUCAGGGCUGGUUUGCUAUUUGUGCUCACAUACUUCACAAAUUAAUAUAGAAAAUGUGAAACAGAUAUUGACACUGCCUGCAAAAUAUUGUAAAAUUACGGUUUCUGUGGUUUUGGUAGGGAUUAAGGUGGAGUUUGUAAGGUUUAUUUAGAUUGAAGAAGCAGUCUUAGAAAUUAUAAAAAAAGCCCAAUUUCAAGGACAAAUUAACAUUUUAAAGCACCUUAAGCAUUGGAUUGAGCAGGAUGGAAAAUUAGCUUCUAUUGUAAAAACAAAAAGCCUGCAAGAGGUGCUGAUAAGUACAAUGCAGGCUCUUUCUUCUGAUUAUUUUAGGGAAUUCAGCUGUCUUUUAGAAACUUCAAGGCAAUUAUAUUCAUCUUAA